AUGGAUUACACAAACUAAAAACAUCCAUAAAAUUAUUCAUAAAUGGAAGACUUAAAAACAUUAGAUUUAGAAGAAAGUGUUUCUGAGACUAUUAUGAGAGACUUGAGAAUGAUAGCAUAUAAAUUGAAAUAUGUUUUGAUUCCCAAAGAGUAGGAGGACAAUGGAAAAGAAUUAAGAAAUUGGGAUUUAUGGGGACCAUUGAUAUUUUGUUUGACUUUGGCAAUGACUCUGAGUUUCAAGGCUGAUUCCACAACUUCUAGUUCGAAGUCUGAUGUUUUUGCAAUCAUUUUUGUUCUUAUUUGGGUUGGUGCUUUUGUUGUUACUCUAAAUGCUUAGUUACUAGGGGGAAAAGUAUCAUUUUUCCAAUCUGUUUGUCUAUUGGGUUAUUGUGUAUUUCCAAUCAAUAUUGAAGCAAUAAUUAUAGCAUUUGUCGGAUCCUACUUACCUUUUGUCGUGAAAUUAAUCCCAGUGAUCAUUUGCUUUGCUUGGUCUGCCUAUUCAUCUGUUGGUUUUAUGGCAUCAUUGGUACCACCACAUAAAAAGAAGUUGGCAGUUUACCCUGUAUUUUUAUUUUAUUUGUUUUUGUCAUGGUUUUCUUUGAUAGUAUGA